CUGGAUCUGUCGGCUGCUGCUGCGUGUCGAUGAGGCGCUGGAGCGACUCGACCUGCCGCCGAAUCACCGUCGGGACUUCUCGCGAACGGCGUCGUGUCCGUAUAAUGUCGCCGCCGAGGACGCGCGGCUGAACGUGAAUACUGUGGAUCCAGCCGGCAGUUAGAGAGGAGGUGAACGCACCUUGCAUCCAACCAUGGGAGGUCAGAUCACCAGAAACACCCUCUACGAUUCUCUGAACGGGCCGUUUCCUGCCACAUCCCACCGAUGCCACCACAAGCCCAAACGCUGCAUGCCCGUCCAGCCGUGUGGGAGCUUGUCCUCCUUCCCUCUGCUCUUCCACCCCAGCACCAAGGGCUCGCAGAUCGUCAUGGACAUGUCCCAGAGGACCGUCAAGAGACAGGCCAGCUUCUGCAAUGCCAUCACCUUCAGCAACAGGCCUAUCGCUGUGUAUGAGCAAGUUCGGCUGAAGAUCACUAAAAAGCAGUGCUGCUGGAGCGGUGCCCUGCGGCUUGGUUUUACAUCCAAAGACCCAUCGAGGAUCAACCCAGACACCUUGCCGAAGUACGCCUGCCCCGACCUGGUCUCUCAAAGCGGUUUCUGGGCAAAGGCCCUGCCAGAGGAGCUCUCCAAUGAGGGAAACGUCAUCUCCUUCUGGGUGGACAAGAAGGGCCGGGUGUUUUACAGAAUCAACGACUCCAGCCCCAUGCUGUUCUUCAGUGGCGUUCAUGUCUCUGAACCUCUGUGGGCUCUCAUAGACAUCUACGGCCUCACAAGGGGGGUCCAGCUACUCGACAGUGAGAUGCUCCCCAUGGACUGCCUGCGUCCUCGUUCUUUUGCUGCCGCCCACCGGGCCUCCAUUCAGCGAAACGGUGAUGACCCUCGCCUUUCCAUCAGCCUGUGUGACCUGAGCCUGCAGCAGCAGGAGGCGCACCUGGAGGAAGAUGAUGAGGAAGAGGAACGGCUGCAACCCUUAAGCUCCAACUCCUGCCAUGUGCCCCAAAACUCUCAGAACUCACAGCUGCUGCUGCCCAGCCAUUUGGACACUGAUCUGCACCUCCACCCGGUGCACGGCAUCCAUGUUACAGUGCUGGAUAAGCACACGGUGGCGCGGUUGGAUCACCGCGGCGACGAGAGGACCCUGGUGUUCACCAGCCGGCCCGUGCGCUGCUCAGAGACUGUGCUUGUGAAGGUGAAGGCGGGCGUCACGCGGCCCGGCGCUCUUUCUUACGGUGUGACGUCGUGUGACCCGGCCACCCUGAGGCCCAGUGACCUCCCAUCCAACCCGGAGUCCCUCGUUGACCGCAAGGAAUUCUGGGCUGUGUGUCGGGUGGCGAUGCCGCUCCACAGCGGAGACAUCUUGGGCUUUGUGGUGAACGCAGAAGGGGAGGUCAUGAUGAGCCAUAACGGCAUCAGUGCAGGGAUGCAGCUUUGUGUCGAUAACUCCAGGCCGCUCUGGAUGUUCUACGGCCUGCACGACACCAUCACACAACUCAGGAUUUUAGGCUCAUCUCUGCACCCGGACCUUCGAGGGCCGUCGGUCCCCAGCUCCCCAUCCUGCACGCCCAACACCCCCACGAUGCUUUGCAGCGGCAACUCUGAGCCCAACCUCAACACACCGUUGAACAUCAACCUCAAUUCAAGCCUCAACUCCAACUACCAUACAGUCUUUUCUUCCUCCACAGGUACAACCCCGAACUCUCCGUUCUCCAGCCACCCAGAGUCCCCCACCUUCCCGUCCUGCUCGGGCUCGUGGAGUGACGAAUGCACCAUUUGCUACGAGAAUGCGGUGGACACGGUCCUUUACGCCUGUGGACACAUGUGUCUCUGCUACACCUGUGGCCUCAAACUCAAGAAGAUGGCCAACGCGUGCUGCCCCAUCUGCAGGAGGACAAUCAAAGAUAUCAUCAAGACCUACAGGAGCACGUAGGCUUGUGUCGGACCAUGUGUCGCAUUGUCAGUUCGGCUCAGAGGUGGUCAAAGCCAUGUGAGACUUCGUAAAGACGGACAUGGCGCAAGUGAAAGCCCCACUUGUUUGUGUGUGCAGUCUGGCUCAGGUACUCCACAGCAGGACUUUUUCCCUAUGUUAUGUCUAAUGCACAUCCCUGGAAAGCUCACAGCCGCUCCUGCCCGGGAUGCCUCAGACCAUCAGAGAAAAAUAGUGGGAUCAACUGCAGUGACUGCAGACAGGCCAAACACCUCCCACCUUGACCUACUAUCCAGUGACUGUGAUUUGUGCAUCUGCGGAAGAGAAAGAGCAAUUUGAAGAAUCUGUCCCACUUCCUGUAGAGCUACCCUUCAUUCUGCAGGUGAUAGCGCUGCUGCUAGCUAGUUUUAGACAAGGUAAAAUUGUCCAGAGCUGCGGAAGAAACAAGGAAAACAAAUCUGCGGUUUCACUAGCUGCUCCUUCACUGCUUGUCAGAGAGCGUUGGGUCAAAAAGUGUUGUUUUAGGGUAAGAAUCCAUUCUCUACUAAAUUUGAGGGAAAAUCAAGGUUUCCUGAAUGCUUCCAGAGCUCGGUGAGGAAUUAGUAAAAAGACGUUUUUGUGGUGAAAAGUUUUGAAUGCUCCUAAACGCGCCUAAACCUAAAGGGUAAAGAAAUCCUUAAAGGAACUCCGUUGUGUAAUAAGUGAAGUGGUUUGUCGGAUGAAUCACUACCUGCUGUGCUUGUGUGAACUUCAGCAGGGUGAGAUUGUGCGAAGGGUGAAAAAGUGUGAACGUUGUCACCAUAGAAGGUCAUGCUUGCUGUGAAUGAGGAUGUAAAUCAGUGAAGAGGGAGCGCGGGAGGAUGUUGUACGUUUGGGAUGGAGACAAGGGAGGAAGGGGCACCCUCGCUGAGCGUCUGCACAUCGUUUCAGCGCAAAGAAAGCGUUUGCUCACUCAGGCACACCAGAUACAUCAGAAGUUUGUGUGAAGGCCUGUAAAAUGUGGGACCUGCAUGGUUUGCAUGUCCUGCUUCUUGGCAGCCGACCCCGCCAUCUCUGGCUGCUGCUCGGCGCGCCGGCUGGAUGCUGUAAUUGGACAAAAGUAAUUGAAAAUAAACACUGGUGGGCAGUGAAGUAUUUUUAAAAUGCUGAAAGAGCACACAGGGAUGACAAAUCAAUAUCUUAAUCACUGCAAAAAACCCACGCAACACUAAUUUACAGAUGGCUAAUUCAGGUUGCACUCUCGUUCAUAUGUACAUUCAAUAAGAACAUGAUUAUUUGCUUUCAGUGACGACAUUUCAGCACACUGUGUCUUCAAGUGGAAAAAAAAUGUGCAGUGUGCAGUCAGUUACAAGGAUGUAGCUUGUUAUUGUGGGAAUUUCAUUUGCAUUAUCAGUUUCUGAGUGCUGCUCUCUGUGGGUAAAAGCAAACUUCAAGGACAUUUUCACUUGACUAAUCUCAUGCAUUAUGUACUGCUUUGAAUUGUUAAGAAAUACAAGCUAUUUUCAGGUGUAAUUUUGGCCUUGAUGAAACAUUACUCAGUAAUUUGUAAAGCAGUAAGUGCUUGAUUUGUUUGUUUUCAAGGUGUUAGCUUCAGCCCAAGUCAUCUCGCCGCCGCGGAGGGACAACUAGCAGCCGUGUUGUGUUAUGUUUGAGUCACAGUUAAGUUUUCUUGUGUGCCUUUAAAAAGAGAAGUCCGGGCAAACGUUGGUCUGUUAGGCUCCUUACUGUGAAAACCGAGGCUCAUGUUCAUCUUAAAGUCACUGUUAUGUGAUUGUGACACGAGCAGGUGUAACCGCACAGCCUACCGGCACGAAGCCAACAUUUCGGCGUGCUCGAUAUCAUCCUGUGAAUUUAUUCACUGCUCGAGAUGAAAUGUUUGAAUAUCGCCUUGUCCCUUCUGCCACUGCAUUGCAUAAUACUGGAAUUUUAUUGCUCAGCCUUUACAUUUCUACCUGUUUUUGUUUUUCCUCCUGACCAAAUAUGACCUUGCAGAAAUAAAACAUUGUGAAGGAUUUUUGAUAGAAAAGCAGUAUCGAUGAGUGUAAUAUUAACUGUACAUUAUGAGGUUUAUUUAUUUUGUCAAUGCUACUAUUAAGACUUCUCACUGUUGUUUUAUAUGUAUGGCUAUAUUGUCCAAAAAGUAAGAAUAUUGUUUAUCGUAUUGUUGCAUAGUUAAAGAUUAUAGACAACUUUACUUCCCUGCAAGGCUUUGUGGGUCAGCUGAUUUUCACGUAAAGGAAAAGUUUGACAUUGCGAGAAGUGUGUUCAUUAACUUUCUGGUGCUGAAUUAGAUGAUCGAUACCACUCUCCACUACAUUUACUCAAAUACUGCACUUCAGUACAAUUUGGGAUGCAGGAGUGGAGUAUUUUAACAUUCUGCUUCACUAUCAAUGUACUAUUUUUAUAGCAAUGUAUAAGAUGACCAUGUGAAAAUGUAAUAUAAUAUUGUGAAAUUGCUGGUACAUGAACAUACAGAGACUAUUAGCAUUAAAACUGGAAACAAGGGGAAACGGCCUGUCUGGCUCUAUCCAACGGAAACAAUAUAGGCCUAUCAACACCUCUGAAGCUCACAUCCAGAAACUCUGCUGGAUGUGGAUCUCUGCUGGUUGCCUGUUGCAGCAGGCUAGCCAAAAAAUAGUCCAGCCAAGCAAAGCACACAUCCCCUGUGAACCUGUGAAUUUGAAGUUUUUACACGGUUCUAAAGAAGCAGCCCUGUUGAAAAAAAUAUUACACUUAAAAUAUGACUUUUUGAAGAAUGUACUAUGUACAGUUUGUGCUAUUUUUGUGGCCUUCAAGUAUACUUAAGUGUACUCAAGUAGUCUUCAAGUAUACUUGAAUUGUAAAUAUUAUUCUAAAUUGGCACAACUUGCAGUACAAUUAUAUAUCACCGACAUGUUGGAAAUAUACUUAAAUAUAGUUAAAAGGAAGGGGAAUUAAAGUACACUUUAAUUGAGCAUGCUAAUAUUGUGUUACAAAGGACUUGAAAAUAAGUAUAUAUUUCAGAAGUACAAUUUAUUGCUCUGAAAGUAUUUGUGAUUUAUUACAUUUUUUAAAAGUACAGUUUAUACACUUACAAUGAAGUACACUUUUUAUAAAUAUUUUGAAAUACCACUUUGAGUAUUACAGAAUUACUAUAUUCAUUUAUAAUACAUUUAAGUAGAACUUAAUGGCAUCUGUUUAGAAGUACACUUUUAAAAAAUAUAUGUCAAACAAACUUUUAAAUUGAGCACAAAAAGUAAAGUGUACUUGUAAUGACUUUUCUAUACUUAAAUGAUAUUUCUAAUACACUAAAGUACAGUACUGUUUCACCUGGGAGGAUAUAAUGUGUUAAUUGUUGAGCUUCAGAAGUGCUUGUAGGCAGAUGUUGAGCCAGGCUAGCUGUAUCCCCCAUUUUCUUUAUGCUAAGCUAACAGCUCACCACUAGCUGUAGCCACUUAAUAUGAGAGUUGUGUCAAUCGUUUCAUGUAACUCUUAGAAAGUGAAUGAGCACAUUUCCCAAGAUGUCAAGCGUUUGUUUUGAUACCAUGAACAAAACUAUGGUCUUAAAAGGGAAUAGAACGCGUCGAGUUGGCAUCGGUCACCUAUUAGUUAAUAAAAUUAUGUUUGUCCUACUUGUGCAUAUUUAAAUUAUAUCUUGAAUUUGUGUUGUAGUGAAGCAGGCGUGUGUAGUUCCCGUAUGGCCAUAAUUCUGACAGCCCAUUUUUUCCAAAAGUGACCAAAUAUUUGCUGUUGAAACAAAACCAUCAAGUUGUAAGUGAAGGUGGGCACUGUGCAUUUAGGACAAGAAAAUCAGCUCGUAACUUUGGUUUCCUGGGCCUGGGAUCUCUAUUAGUUGUUAAAAAACAUUCUUAAGUGGUUUAAUUAUGUUCAGUUUGUUAAAUAAAGUUUCAA